AUGUUGAAAACAAAUUUAAAUCGUGCAGUUAUGCAAAGGUAUGUGGGUAGAGUUAUACCUGCUAGACUGGGUGCAAAUAGCAUUUUGAAGCGUGAACUUUCUUUUAUGGCAACCACAGAAGGUAAGCCUCAAUACAAUGCAACUUCAAAUGGAAAUUCAGCCAGAAGUCUCUUGCUUAGGAGACCAAGUGCUAAUGCUACUCCUGUAGCAAUAGGCUGGAGAGGUUUCCACUCUUCUUCUCCGAAGAAUAUCCAAAUGUCAAUGAACAAAGAUGAGCAAGACAAUAGACCAGCCUUGGAAAAAUACGGAACUGAUUUGACUCAAUUAGCAAAAGAUGGCAAGUUGGAUCCUGUCAUAGGUAGAGAUGAUGAAAUUCGUAGAACAAUACAAAUUUUGUCUAGAAGGACGAAAAACAACCCAGUUCUUAUUGGUAAUGCUGGUACAGGUAAGACUGCAAUUAUGGAAGGAUUGGCGCAGAGAAUUUUGAAAGGAGAAGUGCCUGAGAGUAUGAAAGAUAAGCAAAUCAUUACUUUGGAUUUAGCUGGAAUUAUAUCUGGGUCCAAAUUCCGUGGAGAUUUUGAACAAAAGCUUCAAGAUAUCUUGAAAGAAGUUGAACAAAAAGCUGGUAAGGUGGUGUUGUUUAUCGAUGAAUUACACUUAUUAAUGGGAUUAGGUAAAGCUGAAGGUUCUAUUGAUGCAUCUAAUAUGUUGAAACCGGCCUUAGCGAGAGGAAAGUUAUCACUUUGUGGUGCUACAACAAUUGAAGAAUACAGAAAAUAUGUUGAGAAAGAUGCUGCUUUGGCUAGAAGAUUCUCCUCAGUGUUGGUCAACGAGCCAACAGUUCAAGACACAAUUUCCAUUUUAAGAGGGUUAAAAGAGAAAUAUGAAGUGCAUCAUGGUGUUAGGAUUGCAGAUGGUGCACUUGUAACUGCCGCAGUGUAUUCGAAUCGUUAUAUUACUGAUAGGCAUUUACCCGAUAAGGCUAUUGAUUUGGUUGAUGAAGCUUGUUCCACGUUAAGAUUACAACAUGAGUCUAAACCUGAUGCUAUUGCUCAAUUGGAUAGGCAAAUCAUGACUAUAGAAAUUGAAUUAGAAUCCUUAAGAAAAGAAGAGGAUGUAUUAUCAAUUGAUAGGAGGAAUAAAUUGGAAAAUGAACUUACCGUGAAACAUGAAGAGCUCAAACAACUUACGGAGCAAUGGGAGCUGGAAAAAGAUCUGAUUGACAAGAUUAAAAAUGCAAAGACAGAGUUAGAACAGGCAAGGUUUGAUUUAGAGCUCAACCAAAGAGAAGGUAACUAUGGUAAAGCCUCUGAAUUGCAAUAUGCUGUCAUUCCAGAGCUCGAACUAAAGUUAAAGGAAUUUGAAAACCAGGAAGGACAAAAGCUUGCAGAAUCCAAGUCUAGUAUGUUACAUGACUCUGUUACUUCUGAGGACAUUGCUAAUGUUAUUUCCAAAAUGACUGGAAUUCCUGUCAAUAACCUUUUGAAGGGUGAGAAGGAUAAAUUGUUAGGAAUGGAGGAUAUUUUGAAGACGAAAGUCAUUGGACAAGAUGAAGCAAUUCACGCUGUUGCUGACGCUGUUAGAUUACAAAGAGCUGGUUUGACAAAUGAUAAGAGACCAAUAGCUUCAUUCAUCUUCUUGGGUCCAACAGGAACAGGUAAAACUGAGUUGACUAAGACUUUGGCUGAGUUUCUCUUCAAUGAUCCUUCUUCUGUGAUAAGGUUUGAUAUGUCUGAAUUUCAAGAAAAACAUGCUAUAUCAAGAUUAAUUGGGUCUCCUCCUGGCUAUGUCGGUUAUGAUGAAAGUGGUGAAUUAACUGAGGCUGUUAGAAGGAAACCUUAUUCAGUAGUAUUGUUCGAUGAGUUUGAAAAGGCACAUCCAGAUGUAUCAAAAUUAUUAUUACAGGUUCUUGAUGAAGGUUCUUUAACUGAUUCCCAUGGUAAUCACAUUGACUUUAGAAACACUAUAAUAGUGCUUACUUCUAAUAUAGGUCAAGAAAUUUUAUUGGCUGAUAAGGAUACAAAUGAGGAUGGUUACAUUAGUGAGAAAACUAGAGCCGAUGUUACCAGCUUACUAAAGAACUAUUACCCUCCUGAAUUUUUGAACCGUUUGGACGAUGUUUUAGUAUUCAACCGUUUAUCGAAAAAGUCAUUGAAAAAUAUUUUGGAUAUCCGUUUGAAUGAAAUCUCGGGGAGAUUGGUUGAUAAAAGAAUUACAUUACACCUUAGUGAAAAGGCAAAGAGCUUACUUUGUGAUUUAGGAUAUGAUCCUGUCUAUGGUGCCAGACCAUUAAACAGAGUCUUACAGAAAAAGUUACUUAAUCCUCUUGCUAUGUUGAUGAUAAAGGGACAAAUUCUUGAGGGUGAAAAUGUAAAUGUUGUGGUAAAAGACAACAAUAUUUAUGUCAAGCCAAAUCAUGAGCAAGAAGACUAA